AUGUCGACGGGCGGAGGCUGUGAGGAGAUUCGAGGGGAUGUCGUCGUGCAGCUGAGGUUAUCAACUGGUAACAGAGAAGCAGAAGAUGCCGACGAGGCGUAUCGCAUGGACUACCGCGAACAAAGGAUCCGAGUCGGCGCAAUCGGUGUGUACGGGGGUGCAAUGGGAGUGCAAUCGGGAUGCAAUCUGGGGAAAUGUGGCGAUGCGGAUUGUCUUGUUUUGGAGUGGGUGGAGGGCGUCGCUGACGAUUAUUAG